CCCCAGCUGCUUCAGUCGCGUGCCACAGCCGAACAGCGAUGGAGGUCGAUCUGCUGUACGUCACCACGUUCGUUACCAUCAUUGGUCUGCUGUACUAUCUACUGACCAAAAACAAUGGGUACUUCCACGACAAACCAAUCCCAUCAAUGGCCGUUUACCCUCUGUUGGGAUCGUCCGCACCGUUGAUGCUGAAAAGGGUUACUUUCCCGAACUUUGUCAAGUUAAUUUACGACAAGUAUCCGUCAGCUCGGGUGUUCGGUUUUUUCGACACUACGACCCCGAUCUUCGUCAUCCGUGAUCCGGAGCUGAUCAAGCGGAUUGCGGUUAAGGAUUUUGACCACUUUGUGGACCACCGACCGAUGUUCGGUCACGUGGACAUGGACGGUGAUGAUUCGCACAAGCUGUUUGCCAAAUCACUGUUCGCCAUGACUGGACAGCGCUGGCGGGAGAUGCGAGCAACGUUGAGUCCGGCGUUCACCGGGAGUAAGAUGCGUCAGAUGUUUGGACUGAUGGUGGAGGGAUGUGAGACACUGAUGCAGUACCUUGAAGAUCAAACAAAUGCCAAAGGAAGCACGAUUGAGAUUGAGGUUAAGGACGUUCUUUCGAGGUUGGGAAUCGACGUGAUUGCGACUUGUGCCUUCGGGUUGAAGGUAAACUCGUUAAAAGAACCCGAGAAUGAGUUUUACCGACAGGGUAGAAGAAUUGUGAAUUUUUCCGGAUUUGGAUUUAUAUUAAAGAUAGCCUCAAUGCGGUUCUUCCCCAAGCUGACGACAAUGCUCGGAAUCGACGUUGUUGAUCGUGAACAAGCUGAUUACUUCACUAAACUCAUCCGGGAUACUAUGAGCACUCGCGAAGGUCAAGGUAUUGUUCGGCAUGAUAUGAUUGACUUGNUGAUACAAGCUAAGAAAAAUACUUUGAGCCAUCAGGAAGAGUCAGAAUCACAGGACGGCUUCGCAACCGUAGAGGAAUCCAACGUUGGCAAGGUCCAGCUUUCUCGACCAAUGACGGAAAGUGAAAUGGUGGCGCAGUGUUUGAUUUUCUUCGUUGCCGGGUUCGAAGCAGUCUCCACGACCGCCUUGUUUGCAGUCUACGAGUUGGUCCGUCAUCCCGAAAUUCAAGACAGGCUGUACCAAGAAGUAUUGCAGACUAAGGAAUCCCUCCAGGGAAAGCAAAUCUCGUACGACGUGCUGCAACAAAUGAAAUACCUAGAUAUGGUCGUAUCGGAAACCCUCCGCAUCUGGGCACCUUCAACGGCCACCGAUCGUUUAUGUGUUCGUGACUACGAACUCGAUGCUGGUGACGGUUUGAAGUUUACCAUCGAUAAAGGAACCUGUGUGUGGUUCCCGGUUUAUGGAUUGCACCAUGAUCCCAAGUACUACCCAAAUCCGGAAAGAUUCGAUCCAGAGAGAUUCAACGAUGAAAACAAACGAAACAUCAACCUAGGAGCGUACCUGCCGUUCGGCAGUGGUCCUCGGAACUGUAUUGGAUCCAGAUUUGCCCUGAUGGAAAUCAAGGCCAUUUUGUACCACAUGUUGCUGAAGUUUUCGUUCGAGCAGAGUGAAAAUACCCAGAUACCACUGCAGCUGGAGAAGGGAUUAUCAAACCUGGCAACGGAGCGAGGGCUUCAUGUUAAUCUGCGUUUGAGAAGUGAUGUAAAGUAGAUACGAGUUCUUAUCAGCAAAUAAUAAGCUAGGAUUUAAA